GCGACAUCAACGAAACACGUUGUAAAUUUACUAUUCAUCGACUUAAUUAAAACGACAUGAAAAACAUUUAAAUAUCUCUGCAUAUACAAAAAUAAAUACAAAGAUAAAGUUGAAUCUAAAGACAUCCGCUUCCUCCGGGCGCCGGAUGCGCACGAGAUUGUUGACGCGUAGACACACGUAGAGUGAGUCGAGUACAGCCUGCCUGCCUGCCGAAAGGUGAAUUCCGGGCGGCCAAUAACGCCCGCCCCAGCCGCCGCCAGCCGCAAUGCUGAUACAUAUCCAUGGUGUUGGCCGGGGGGUGGCGGCAAGUUGUUGCUUCGCCUCGCGCGCGCGGCAGUUGUUGCGCCGACAUCGAACAUGCCGCGUCGCGCGCGAUUCCACACGCAUCUGAUUAACGUUUACGUCGGUGGCGGCAACGGCGGCGGCGGCAGCAGCAGCAGCAGGUCACACGGCGGUCGUUUCUAAUUAUUGACAAUUGGUAAAUAAUUACGCGCGUGAUUUCAUCGGCUACCAGCUGUAAUUGUGCAUCAAACUAUCCGAAUACAAAUUAGACAAUAAAUGUUUAAUUAAAAUGUGUUUAAAUUAAUUAGUUGAGACAUUAAUUUGUGUAUUGUGCUACAAUGGAGUGGAUUACAGCGAUUGACAAGCGGCCGUGCGACAGAAACGUCAAGGACGUCGAAUUGAUUUCAACACGACUGCGACGCGUCGAGCAGCUGUGCAAGCUGCCCAACUCUGUAAUCCAGCAGCUCGCCCUUUGUGGAUACUACGAAGACCUCGAGAAGGGUGUAACACUUUUUCGUCAGGGCGACACCGGAAAAUGUUGGUAUGCUGUCAUGAGUGGAAUAUUGGAUGUGCGGAUUGUUCAACAAGACUCUGAACCAAAGAUUCCUGUAACACUCUGUACGUUAAGUGUGGGUAACACAUUCGGUGAGUCGAUCCUUCAGGACCUGCCCAGGGACACAACUGUCGUCACACAGACAACUUGUGAGUUACUACGCGUCGAACAACAAGAUUUUAAACUCAUCUGGGAGAAGAACAAGGAUCUUAUGAAUGAGCUGAUAAGUAGCUGCAAAUUCAAAAAUGGUUUUGGACCGAGUGUCACUGCGUCUACUAAAAUGCAACAACAACCGAUUUCGCCGCCUCCAAGGAGGUCUUUAUCACCAGAUCAACCGAAUCCUGCGGAACCAAUUACAGACACGCCGAGUAUUACCAUCUCUAAGAUUGGAAAGUCACUAAGAACACUUUUACUAAGUGAAAAUACCUGUUUAAAAGACAGAAAAGUCUCUGGACGGUUAGUGAGGCGCUGUGCGCCUGGAACGGAGCUCGUUGAUUGGUUGCUGGAGCUGUCACCGGGGAUUCACACGCGUGCGCAAGCCGCAGGCAUGUGGCAAGCGCUUCUAGAAGAAGGAGUGAUCGCCCACGUAUCACGUGAGCAACCUUUCAAAGAUAAAUGCUUCCUGUACCGUUUCUGGGCGGAUGAAGAAGGAACGGCACCUGCAUUACCGACGCAUGAAGACGUCGCUGCUGCCGAAGUGCAAUUACAGGAAUCUAUAGUUACACUUAUCAAUCGUGGACCAGACGCUGUUCUGCGCAUGAUUAUGCGUAAACCAAGUCAUGAAAGAAACCAAGAUGACUUGGAAACAAUCUACGAGGAGUUAUUACACAUUCGUGCGCUUGCGCACCUUACUAAUUCAGUAAAAAGAGAAUUAGCAGCGGUUUUACUCUUUGAAGCACAUCCCAAAGCAGGCGGUGUUUUGUUUCAUCAAGGAGAUGAAGGCAGAUCCUGGUAUAUAAUCCUUCGUGGAUCCGUUGAUGUGGUGAUUCACGGUAAAGGUACAGUAAAUACUCUUCAGGAAGGCGAUGAUUUUGGUAAACUUGCUUUGAUUAACGAUGCACCAAGAGCAGCGACGAUUGUUCUGAGGGAAAACAACUGUCAUUUUCUACGCGUAGACAAAGAAAACUUCAAUCGUAUCCUCCGAGACGUCGAAGCAAACACAGUCAGAUUAAAAGAACACGGAAAAGAUGUGCUUGUCCUUGAAAAAAUCUCCCCACAGCAAAAAACAGCGUUUUCCUACUUUAAAUACACCGUAAUGGCGGGCACACCGCAAAAAAUGCUUGAACAUCUGCUUGAGACACGUCUGGAUAACCUCGCAGGACAAUCCAACACUGCGCAGGAUCCUUUCCUCGAGGAUUUCCUUCUUACGCAUAUUGUUUUCAUGCCGACGCAUCUACUCAUCGAUGAAUUAGACAGAAAUUAUCAUUUAGAAUCACCGAAUCAGGAUCGGGAUUUUGUCGUGGCGUGUAAAAAACGCGUCGUACAAUUUGUUUACCGCUGGAUUGUGAUCAUACGACAUCCGGUGUUUGAGGAUGAAUCCGCCGUGGAGUUUAUCGAGGAUUUAGCCGCGGAAGUGGAACAGGAUUGUAUUCAGUACGCUGAGUUACAAGAGGAUUGCUCGAUGAUCCAUUAUGUGAUGACGCAAUUGAGACGGUAUCAAGAAGAUUUGAAAAUGCACGAGCAAAAGUGGAAAUUGCCACCGUGCGGACAACCGAUUAGUUUGUUCAGUGGUGGGGAUGAAGAAAAUAUACGACAGAUGAUACAUCCACAAGAUGAUAUUAUUUUUCGUGUGUAUUGCGCUGAUCACACAUUCUGCACACUGCGAUUACCGAUUGAUAGCACAGCGGAGACGAUAAAACUCAUUGCAGCGGAUAAAUUGAAGCUGCGCGCGACCCAUGAGCUUUGUUUGGUUGAUGUGCGCUCGAAUGGCGAACGUGUUUUCUUCAAGGACAACGAUAUCAGCGUGCCGACGGCUUUGACACUCAAUGGGAGGAUAUUUGUGUCUCCUAAAGAUCAUUUAGAUGCUUUGACGCCAUUAGCUGAACAAGAAGAACCUACACAAGGAAUUGACAGUGAUAUUGAACUCUUCAGCACAAAAGAACUUGCGUAUUACAUGACUGUGUUCGAUUGGGAGUUGUUUUGGUGUGUUCACGAGUAUGAAUUGAUCUACAACACCUUUGGUCGUCAUCAUUUCGGGCAAAUCACAGCAAAUCUCGACGUUUUCGUGCGUCGCUUCAACGAAAUUCAAUAUUGGGUUGUGACGGAAGUCUUGAUGUCGAUUUCUCUGAGUAAACGCGUCGCCAUCUUGCGGAAAUUCAUCAAACUCGCCGCAUAUUGCAGGGAAUACCAGAAUUUGAACGCAUUCUGUGCGAUUGUAAUGGGUUUGAGUAAUGUGGCCGUGUCACGUCUGUCAAUGACUUGGGAUAAGCUUCCGUCGAAAUUCCGCAAGUUAUUCACCGAAUUCGAGGCGCUCAUCGAUCCCAGUCGCAACCAUCGAGCUUAUAGGUUAAGCGUGGGGAAAAUGCAACCGCCCGUUGUGCCAUUUAUUCCACUCCUGCUGAAAGACAUGACUUUUACGCAUGAAGGCAACAAAACAUGUCUGGAUGGUUUGGUUAAUUUUGAAAAGAUGCAUAUGCUUGCGCAGACAAUGCGCACGAUACGUUUUUGUCGAAGCCGCCAUCUUGUGUUGGAGCCGCCGUCGCCGAAAAGCGAGGGCGAGGUGAAGUCGUACAUCUCGUGCCUGCGCGCCAUCGACAAUCAGAAAGUGCUUACGAACAUGUCGCAGAAAUUAGAACCGCGACGUUCGUAAAACACCAACAAAAAAACCAGUAAAACAGUAAAGGUGAAGUAUUUUGGGGGUCCAAACAUUAAAACUGCGUCUCAAAAUGUCUUAAAAUGAACAAUCAAAUUUGUAACACUAGAAAAUUAAACAUUUGAUCAGAAAAACGUGCAGAAUUCAAGGUGAUGAUGAUGUAAAACAAGUAUUUUAAGUAAUAUAUAACCUAAAAAUCUAUAAAACUAUAAAUAUGAGAUGAAUAUUGUUGAAAGCAAUAAUAACUUUAAAACUUCUUGAAAAUUUAUCGUAAAAUUGAAAUCAAAAGGGCAAAAAUGUUGAGAAACAAAUAAUUUGUUAUGACAAUCAAUGCUAGUCUUGUUUAAGUCGUGUGAAUCCGUGCAAGAACCAUUUAACCCCAUGAAAUUCUUAGUUUAGAGGCGUUCAAAGUUUAUAAUCCAACUCUGUCUUUGUCUAGUCUAGCAAAAACAAACAUUUUCUGUAUAUUUAAUGUGAAACGUCUUCAAAUUUAUAAUCCUAACCUAACUAGUGAACUAGUUGUAGAUAGGCGCCAUCUUGCUGAAGAUUUAGGUGUAGCAUAACCUUUUUAUACAAUCUCUGUGUAUAUUAUAACAAUUUGAAUGUUUUGUUGAGAUUUUUUCAUGUUGCGCUUCCAUGUUUUAUGUUUUUAUGGAUUUUUUUUUGUUUGUUUUCAAGAGUAUUAACAAUUAAAUUAUUUUAUUAGUAUAGUAUUGUAUUGUAAAAUAGUUCUCACGUCCGUUUAUCACUAAAAUCUGUAAUUAUUCCAGUGAUAAAACUUGUAAGGUGACACUCCAAAACAAAAUAUGAAUAUGUGAGACUUUUAACACAGGAAAAACACGAUGAGGUGAAAGUAUGAGGUGCGUAUGAUAUGUAAAAUGAUAUGAAAUAGGCAGUACAUGCUAUAUAUUUGUGAAAAAACGACAUAAUAAUAAAUAAUAAACAUCUAAAUACAUGA